AUGCCUGCUCCUUCUCCUUACACUGAGCAGACAGGGGGCCUUGGUGAGCGUCGUGAGCCUGCGUCGCGUCCUCUCUCACCUGUCCUUUCUGGUCGUUCCAGUCGUCGUGUUCCUCGUCAGCGUCAGCCGGCUGUCCCCGGCCCUUCCCUUGUCGUCCGUCGUCCUUCCUCUCCGCCGCCACGUGUUCCCUUGCCGUCUCCGCCUGUGUCCUCUCUACCUGUCGUUGCUGACACUGAGUCUGACCGGUUUCGUGCUGCACACCCUACUGUCACGCGUCUGCUAGCCAGUGUUGUCGCUGACCCUUCCUUUGAGUCUGCUGCUGCAUCUGCCUUAGUCGCUGAGCUUGUCGACUUUGCUGCUCACUAUCGUCUAGACUACGCCGCUAGUCUUGUUGCUGAGUCUGAGUCUGUCUGUCCUCCGUCCGUCAGGGGUGAGUGUGCUCUUGGCACGGACGUCCUCGAGGACAGGCAGGAGGACCUUGAGUGUCGUGCAGCCGCUGCGCCUCAUCUCGUGUCCAUGCUGCUUGCCCCUGAGGGAGACCUGGAUGCACCAGACAUCCCGACUCCACGAUCGUACGCUGAGGCGAUCGAGGGUCCCUACUCCUCUCAGUGGCAGACAACCAUGGACGCAGAGAUGGCAUCCUGGAAGUCCACAGGCACCUACGUCGACGAGAUUCCCCCUCCUGGGGUGAACAUCGUUAGUGGCAUGUGGAUUUUCAGGGUGAAGCGGCCGCCGGGUUCUCCACCUGUCUUCAAGGCUCGUUACGUUGCUCGGGGCUUCAGUCAGCGAGAGGGAGUUGACUUCUUCCAGACCUUCUCCCGCACCCCGAAGAUGACUACUCUUCGGGUGUUGCUGCACGUUGCCGCUCAGCGUAACUACGAGCUUCACUCUCUUGACUUCAGCACAGCUUUCCUGCAGGGCAGCCUGCACGAGGAGAUCUGGCUGCGCCGUCCACCUAGCUUCACUGGGUCGUUCCCUCCUGGUACCCAGUGGAGCCUCCGACGGCCAGCCUACGGACUCCGCCAGGCGCCACGUGAGUGGCACGACACACUGAGGACGACUCUUGUGGCUCUUGGGUUUGCCUCGUCGACUGCUGACCCGUCGCUCUUUCUGCGCACCGACACUUCGCUCUCGCCGUUCUACAUCCUAGUGUACGUCGACGACUUGGUCUUUGCCACUGCUGACACUGAGGCUCUCGCCCUGGUGAAGUCGGAGCUGCAGAAGAGACACAUGUGCACAGACCUGGGUGAGCUGCGCAGCUACCUUGGCCUGCAGAUCACCCGGGACAGAGCACGCCGCACCAUCACACUGACUCAGUCACACAUGGUGCAGCAGGUCCUUCAGCGCUUCGGCUUCACUUGGUCCUCAGCACAGGCCACUCCUCUGGCUACAUGUCACUUGCUCUCAGCUCGACCUUCAAACGAGUCCGUAGAGCUGAGUGGUCCUUACCCAGAGCUAGUGGGCUGCUUCAUGUACCUGAUGACCUGCACUCGUCCUGACCUUUCGUACCCUCUUGGCCUUCUGGCUCUCUACGUGGCUCCUGGUCGGCACCAAAAGGUGCACAUGGAUGCUGCUAAGAGGGUACUACGCUACUUGUGCAGUACAUCGGGCAUGGGGCUCGUGCUUGGAGGACGGGGUGACGUUGUCCUCACUGCUCACUCGGACGCCUCUUGGGAGCUACGCUGGCUCACCUACCUGCUGACCGACUUGGGAGAGCGGCCUCGUUCUCUUCCAGUUCUGUACGUCGACAACAAGGCCGCCAUUGCCUUGUGUCAGGAGCAUAGACUGGAGCACAGAACGAAGCACAUCGCUCUGCGUUAA